AGAGGACGGCGGGGUAUGGCAAGGAUGACGGCCAACGGCGACACUUAUAAAUAAAGCGCCCACCGCUGCACGGAGUGGUACUGUAGACUUUAGUGAAGAGUAAGCCAGCAGGGAGCGGCUGCAGUUCAUUGUUGCAUCGAAGGCGACGGGGAAUGAGUCCAUUCUUGCAUGUCUUUGUGUUAAAGUGAAGAAUUGCGGUGCAUCUCCUGCAGAAAGCAGAGAAAACCGGUUAGAGGAGGUGAACGGGUUCAGGCCUUGACUGGAGGAGCUGAUGUGACGUAGCAGUCCACCGACACACACGCGCGCCGGCUGCUGCUGCCUGCCAGGAUCUCAGUUUAGGGAAAUGACCGCGAGUGACCUCAAGGGAAACACUGUAUUUUAGCGGCUGUUCGCAGUUUUGUUUUUACGGACAUUAUAGUAAAAUAUACGACACAAUUUAGCCACAUACUUUAGAUUAAAAUACGUUAUAUGUAGACGCUAGCUGGUCGCUAGACUGCCUCAUUACGUUGGAAGACGGGCUAGUAUUAGCUGGCUAAGCUAAAGUAGCCGGGAUAGACACUGCUAGCGGCUGGGGCUCUUACGUUUUGUUUCCCUCACAGAUGCUAAGCUACGUUAGGCUAGGCUAGCUGCUGCCAUGGAUAAAGCCAAGUCAAUGGUGGAUAAGAAAGGAGCUUCGGGACCCUUUCAUGUUAACAAUGGGCAGAGCCAGAAGGUUUUUCACAGUCAUGUCAUGGUGGCCACUAACGGCAGCUGUUGCAGCAGCAGCAGCAGCAAUGCAUUCGGCUCAAGCACCGUACCCAGCGGCAGCGGCACGUUUGAAAACAUGCAUCAUCUGCACCGCGGAGAUGAUGCAGAGUGCAACGGGUCCCCGGCCAAGAGGUGCAGACUACGGAGGAGGACCGAGUCGGUGCGAAAACACAGACCCCCCUUCCCCUGGUUUGGUAUGGACAUUGGUGGGACUUUGGUCAAGUUGGUGUACUUUGAGCCAGUCGAUAUAACUGCAGAGGAAGAACAGGAGGAGGUGGAAAACCUCAAGUCAAUCCGCCGCUACCUCACCUCAAACGUUGCCUAUGGUAAAACAGGUGUCCGUGACGUUCACCUGGAGCUGAGGAAUCUGACCAUGUGCGGCAGGACAGGAAACCUGCACUUCAUUCGCUUCCCAACACAGGCCAUGCCCCGCUUUAUUCAGAUGGGACGGGAUAAGAACUUCUCUAGCUUGCACACAACACUCUGUGCCACUGGAGGCGGGGCUUACAAGUUUGAGAAUGACUUCAGAAUGAUGGCUGACCUGGAGCUGCUUAAGCUGGACGAGCUAGACUGCUUGAUUCGUGGUCUGCUGUUUGUCGAUCGGGUAGGCUUCAACGGACACCCUGAGUGCUACUACUUCCAGAACCCAUCAGACACCCAGAGCUGUGUGAAGAAACCCUGCACUUUGGACAACCCCUUUCCUAUGUUGCUGGUCAACAUUGGCUCAGGAGUCUCCAUACUGGCUGUGUACUCAGAGAACAACUACAAACGGGUGACUGGUACCAGUCUGGGAGGUGGUACAUUCCUGGGGCUUUGCUGUCUGCUCACUGGCUGCGAGACGUUUGAGGAGGCUUUGGAAAUGGCUAGCAAAGGUGACUCUACAAAUGUGGACAAACUGGUGAAAGAUAUCUAUGGGGGAGACUACGAGCGAUUUGGUCUACAGGGCUCUGCUGUGGCAUCCAGUUUUGGUCACAUGAUGAGCAAAGAGAAGCGAGACAGCAUCAGUAAGGAAGACCUGGCCAGAGCCACUCUGGUCACCAUCACUAAUAACAUAGGAUCCAUAGCACGCAUGUGUGCAGUCAACGAGAAAAUUGAGAGUGUGGUGUUUGUUGGGAACUUCCUCCGUAUCAACACAGUGUCCACCAAGCUGCUAGCCUAUGCCAUGGACUACUGGUCCAAAGGCCAACUAAGAGCCCUCUUCCUUGAACACGAGGGUUACUUUGGAGCUGUGGGAGCACUGAUGGAGCUGCUCAAGACAACAGAGGACCCCUGAAGGAAAUUCUGUCAGGACAACAUCAACUCUUGACAAGACGAUGUCACCUGCCCUUGAAGGCCGUGAUGUCUUAAUGCUGUGACAUCAUCAACUUUUGAAGCUGCUGAAAGGUCCCAUUCGUCGAGGCCACAAAAGGAACACUAAGAGGAACACAGAAACUGAUAAAAGCCAUUUUUAAUAAUUUAACACCUGUAAAUAACAAUGACCUCCAACAUUCAUCUCCUAAAUUUCCCAUCAUCCCCCUAUCAUAGAGGUUUAAUAUUGUAAUCUUUUAUUUAUGGUUUCCGUUAAUGGGUCUACUGAUUCGUGUAAUCAGCCCUAUGUCAGGAAGCAGAGACACAAAGUAUUUUAGUGUAUUUUGUUAUUGUGUUUGUGUGAAUAGCUACUGUAGCAUUACAUCCUGGGGACAGUAGUGCGCCGGGAAACAAUUUGUGCAACAGUUCUUUAAAAUAGGAUGCCUUUGCAGAAGAGUUAACUGCUGAAUGAGGGAUUUGUAUCACCAGCAACUCAAGGAAACAUCACCGGGGGGUUGGGCAGCUGUGGUUGCCGGUUUGUUGCACAAAAAGUAGCCCAUUGCUCUACUGUUUCUGCAGAGUGCACUGAAGCCAAAACCUGUUGAGAUUCAUACUUUACCUGCCUCCUUCAGCUCCAAUGGGAAGCAAAAAAACAAACAAACAAAAAACGGUCUUUAUUUUGCUCUGCUGCAUAUGGCCUUUGCUUUUUGUUUGUCUCUCCUUUGUAUGCCUAUAUGUAAGCAAAACUAGCACCACCAGAUUGCCAUGCAUGCAUACUCAACCUGCUGAGUUUAGUGUUAGGUGACGGGACCAAGACGUUGUCUUCCAACAGAUUGCAGUGCAUCAUUGAUUUCUGUUCUGUUCUGUUCUGAUUGGCAUCGCCAGAACUACUGUUGAGGACCCAGUCUGACUCGGCUGCUUGUGUUUGUGAUGUAUGAAAUACUUGAUCUGAUCUUUAUAUUUCUUUCUGUUGUUCUUUAACUUCCCUGUUUUCUGUCAGUGUCAGGAAGAUGGAAGCUUCAUUCAUCCUUUUCUGGCUUUUCUGCCACGCUGCUGCCUUGUUUGGGUGUUUGUAGUGUGAUUUUAAUAAAUGUUCAAACUCAGAAUCCCAACAUAAAAAAUAGUUAGCUGAUGAUGCAAAGGUAAAGUGUCAGUUUGUGGGAGACAGCUAGGAGUCACCCCAGCAUGUUAGACUGUUUACCAUUCUGGUGCCGACACUGUUGUUAGCUGUUUUAGGUUUGGUCCAUGAAAUUGUAUUUUCCCCCAAACCCCAAUUACUCGUCUCUAAAAACAAGCACUUACAGAAUUUUAAGAGUUGUCCAACAUUCCCAAGAAUUUUAAACAGGUACUUUAUGCUUGCUGUGAAACAACCAUAAAAACCUGGAAAAUAUCCAAAUCCAAAUUGUCUAAAUUGAAAUAAUUGGUGAGAAUUAGCCACAAUUAUGUGGUAGACUUUGAACAGGGAAUGGACUUCAUAUGCCAUUGCUGCCUGUUUGCACUGAUCUAAGUCUAUAUUGACACUAGCACUAUAAAAGAGUCUAUUUUUAACACUUAGGGUAAUACCCAUAGGAUCAGAGACUCGGACCCUUUGAACCGAGAGCCAGUCCAGAUUUCUGCACUGAGGUAACCAGGGCUGAAGUGACACACUUGUAUAUUUAUCAUAUACUUGAAAAUGGCACGUAGAGCUUUAAUAUGUAAUAAUUUAGCAUUGCCAUUUUUUUUAAAGGAAACAUAGCGUGAUCUGCGAUUAUUUGAGAAUGCUGAAAUGUAGUUAACAUGAGCGCAUGUUUGCAUGGACACAGGAAAGGUUUGUGUUAUUUACUAAGCUUAGAAACAACAGUUGUAGAGAGUCCCACUACUAGUAAGUUUUCCAUUUGCUAUAAGAAUUGUCUAGUGUUUUUCGAGAAACAGACCACAAGUGUAUUACGCUGUUAUGUCCCACCCAUCUUCACUUCCUAGCCUGAACCUUUACAGCCUUUCUUUUUAUCAUCAAAGCAGCUGAGCUAUAAAGCUGGGCAAAGCAGGAAAUAUUGUCCACUGUUUUAUAUUAGGCGUAACUGUCUACCUGCCUUUACUCUCCCGAAUAGGAACUAUGCUCUUUCUCGAGUUAGUCGUCGCUUAAUUCGCCUUCAAUCAUUAGACUUUUUAUCAACACUCACACCUCCAGCUGUGUUCAGUAUUAUGGAUUUUCGUGAAAAUCUUACCUACAGUACCUGAAUAACACAGAUAGAAACUUAAAAUUACUAGGGUAAAAUCCUAAGGAGCUAGCUUAAUGUAGCCUACUAAAGUAUUCUGAACAUUUUAUUGACAAAUAUUGUCCCCACUUCACCAUCUAACAUACACACUGACUACACUUUGACCCCGACCCUUAAGCUGCUUUGCUGAUCUGUUUGUGUGUAACACAUAGGAGGGUAGGAUCAUAGACCACUUUUUGUGAAACGUUUAUUUUAAACUGACACCCAUAGUGCAAUAACAUCUAAAAAGAUUUUCUUGUGAAUUGAAAAUGCCUCAUUGUUUCCCACUUGGUGAUUGAACAGAAUCAAAAUAGAUAAUUGUACUUUUUUUUUUUUUUUGACAAAUGGUUUGGGUUAUCUGUCUCAUUGUAGUCCAGCCAGUGUGAUUCAUACUAAAAGUUUGUAUUCAAUUUCUGCUGAAAGGUUAACAGGCUUUAUAAGCUUUGUAAUGGCUUGAACAAUGUAAAUGCUGUCACUUAUGCAAGUGUUUUGAGUAACAGUGUAGUGAAAUAAUGGAGGCAUAAUAUUGUGAAGAGAGGUUUUGCGAUUGCUUCCUCAAAAAUGAUCAAUGUUUCCUGAUGUUUUCUUUUAGCUGUGAUGACACUGCAAACUGUGACACAAGCUAUGCUUUCUUCUCUGUGUGUUUUUCUUUUUCUGUUUUCCCCCCUUUGCCUUGUACCAUCUGAUGUUUGGAUGUUAAUUAGUGACCUCAAUCUGUCAGGUGCCACUCUGCUUUAAAAUCAGGCUGGAGUUUGAUACCUUGUGCCACCACUUCAUUUAAUCUAAAAAACCAAAUCAUUUGCCUUUUAACAUGUGUUAGCCUGGUUGCACCGUGUUUGUGCCCUUCAGUUCCCUGCUACUUCACCUCAUUUUUACAAGUUUUAAGUUUUACUCUUGAUUUUUUUUUUCAUUUGUACUGUAACAGAAGAUUCAUUGCAGUUAAUACCCAUUCAGAGUCUGAAUAUCAAAGUGUCCACCUGCAGUCCCAAGUGGAUCUUGGUACAUAAACAACAUUAACCUUCAGUGCUAGCCUUGGUUUCCUUUGUUUUUUAUUUUAUUUUGGUAGAGGUUUCGACUGUCUUUUUUUUUUUUUUUAAUCCUUAUUUUUUGUGGCCAGUAGGGAGUGAUAAUGUAUUGAUGAUUUCAAAAUGUCUAAAAUGCCUGUUUUUUGUUUGUUUUGUUCUCUAUUGAUGUUUCCAUUGAUUUCAGUUGGCCCAACAGACCAGUGUAAUUGCUUCCAGCCGUCAUAAUCUGUCAUUGUGCAGAAAUCUGUGGGAAAGCGUUGAGUUUCUCUUAGCAAGUUUUACUUUUUGAACACAUAUCACCACUGUCUGCAGAACAUUGUUUCGCAGCACAGGGGAACAUCUUUUUAUGGAAACCAGUGGUUGUAUCUUUUUACUUGGUGUUAGGGGAAGCAUUUUGAGAUGAUACAUAAUCACUGUAGAACAUAAAUGAUAUGUUGUUAAUUUUACUGUUCACCCUUAUAUCCCCACUAACAAUUGCAAGCUAUUACAUAAUUUUCAUACUCCAGAAAUUUGAAGCUGGUGUUAUAGACUGUUGUGGGAUUAUGGGAUUAUAUUGAGUUUAGAUACGUUUAGUAUUGUUGAAACUAACUGGUGUACUUGCAUACUGUUGUAGCUUCACUGUUUCUAAUGAAAACACUUGCUGGGUUUUAAAUUCUUCAGAUAAAAUGUUUAUGGAACUGCAUCAUGCUGUAGAUAAAAUGUGAAACAAGAAUUAAGUCCUUUUAAGGAAAUUAACUACUAAGUGGUGGAUUUUUCUGUUAUCAUAAGUGAUCAGUGUGGGUGUCUGUCUGCUUUCACAGCAGUCUGAAUUUAGAGAGUUUGCUGUUUGAACAUCACUAACACUUUUUUGGUGUUUUAUUUCCCAUAGGGAGGGACCAUCUGUAUUCAGACCAGUAUGUAUUUCUAUGUACUGUACAGAGCCUUGGCUUACAGUGUCCACUGAACUGCAAAUCUUAUGUCAUCAUAGUGAAAUCUAACCAACAAGCUAUGCAGUAUCUCGUCUGUUGAUAUCUUUGUCCCCACAUGUCUCUUCUUUAAUACCUACCAGAGUUGAUUUGACUUGGUGUUACUCUAAAAGAUAUGCAACCCUGUUAGCUUUUCCUUCUGAGAAAUCCUGUUUGAAUCUUGACGGAGAGAGAGUUUCUCCUCCUGAAGUUUCUGUCCUGCUGAUUUAGUUAACACUAAUCAAGGUGGAUGCUCGUAAUCAGGAUGUUUCAGACCCAAUUAUGCAGCAGAAGAAGCUCUUUUUCUUUUCUUUUCUUUUUUUUUUCCAGAUGUGUGGGACAGUUAUUUUUGAAUGGUGCCAGAUGUUCUCCUAAUCCAGUCUAUCAUGUCGGAUGGAUGUUUGAGGGGAAAAAAGUCUUUUAAAUGUCCUGGAGCUCUGUAGUGUUAGUGAAACCUAAUAUUAAAUACAAGCCACUGUGAUGACAUGUUCCUCUGACCUUUUGCUUGUCUAAUAUCUUUCACACCAUUUUCCUAACAUUUCCUCAGAGGUUGUUAAUCUGGUCGAACAUCCUGGUACGAGAAGACAUCCAGCCUUUUUACUGUUUUCUGGAAUGCUUGACUGGCGGGGCAGAUAUUGUGUAUUUGAUUGUACAGAGAUUUUGUAAAUAUUAAUAUGAUAUAUUCUACACCAGCAAUCUGUCCGUUGAUAAAGUUGUUUUAACUGUUCAGAGCCAGGUUUCCCAAGCACGACUCACAAUCCCAAUGCAGACAGAAAAUGCAUCAAGACAAGACGGAGUUAUUACCUUUGCCAAUAAUUCUAUUGGGGCUGUAAUUUAAAACUGUUGGCUAAUUGUGCUGUGAUUGAUUAGAUUAACUAGAUACUAAGUUUUGUGACAUUAACAUGUAAUUGUGUUAAAUUUGCCAAUUGGAUAUAUAUAUAUAUAUAUUUUACAUUUAUUACCACUUGUUUGUAUACAUUUCCCCAUUGAAUUCAAAUCCAUUUUACUUCGUUACCAAGGUUAUUUCUUAAUCUAAGUUCAACUUAACAUUAGAUGGUGAUGAAAGAUGUAGUUGUUGAAUCAAAGCUUGUUUGGAUGCUCUUUGGUGGCCUCAGUGGGGGGGUUGCCUGUUUUCUGUCUGCUGGAUUUCAGUGCUGGUUGUUCACCUUGGCUCGCCUGCAUUUGGGAAGUUUUGGGAAUCCCAGUGCUGGUUGUCAGCAUCAGUUCUGCUGCUGCUUUUAACUCUGAUUUGGGGGGGGAAAAUGGUUUUAAAAAAGUCAGUUUAAAAAAAUGGCUCCCUGCCUUGUGCAAUGUGUAUGUACUGAAGUGAAGAGAUUUUUUUUUCUAAAGAGAAAUAAAACUAAAACUGGAUGAGA